AUGGCAUCGGAGGAAUUUCAAUCCCUCCUCGAUUCUACCAUGGCACAAUCCAUCAACAAGGCGUUAGCCUCCGCGAUGGGGGUCAUGUCAUCCUCUAUCACACAAUCUGUAACCAAAGCGCUGAUACAGUCUCAGAGUUGUGGCCCUCAGAGCACACUAAAUCCGGGAUCCACUAAUGUGGUACAACCGGGACGUAAAGCCUUGACGAAAAGCAAACAUAUUGCCUCCCCUCCAGAACUGCAGGUUCAGCCUGCAAUGACUGACACGCCUCAGGCUGUCAAGGAUGGCGCGAUACCACCGCGCAAUAGAGCCCCUGGCCGGGUAAAAUCGGCCAGAUCUUGGAAGUGGGCACGUGCCCAAGAGGACUCGUCCGAUUCGGACCGGAGUUUGGAGGAGGAGUAUGAUGAGUUAUGCAUGGACCAUUAUAGUGCGGAAUAUUCCGAUUCAGGGUCCGAGGUGAAAUUUCACACUGCGACCCAGAAGGCUACGGCUCAGGGCACUGAGCCUGCCGUAUCGGGCGAGGGCGACGAUUUACGGGACCCUCUGG